AUGGCACCUCGCGUUCCCGUCACCAUUCUGACUGGUUUCCUGGGCGCCGGGAAGACUACGCUGCUCAACCAUAUACUGGAUGCCGCAAGGACAAACGGCAUCCCUGAGCGUAUCGCCGUCAUUGAAAACGAAUUCGCUGCUGCGUUUGGCAUAGAAAACGAAAUUAUCCAUCAAGACAAGACCGAGGACAUCCAAAACCUCUAUGAAUUUGGCUGGUUCGUCGACUCAAAACUGGGAUGUGUCUGUUGCUCGUCGUCCGGUGAGCUGAUAGGUGCCCUGAGUGAGAUUGCCAAUAGGAACGAGCUCGUUGAGCCCGAGAAACGGAUCCAACAUGUGAUCCUUGAGUCCACUGGGCUGGCUGACCCGCAGCCAAUCCAAACUAUGAUCCAGCGCGGCGCCGACGGCAAAGGCCAAGAUGAAAUCGUGCAAAACUUUUAUCUCGACGGCAUUGUCACGCUCGUCGACGCAAAGCAUUUCUUUAGCCGACUUGCUGCUGCAUCGGAAAGACAAGACACGUACAAGAACGAGCCGCUGGCACAGAUCACAACGACAGACUGUAUCUUGCUCAACAAGAUUGAUCUCGUCUCGAGCAAAGAGGCAUUGUCCAAGCUGACAGACUACAUUCGGCAACACAAUCCAUCGGCUCGUUUGGUGCAGACCAAAUAUGCUCAAGUACCUGUGCAAUCCUUGUUUGGCUUGAGGUCUUCGUCAUCAUCAUCCACUGAACAAACAGCAGAUGGACAAGAACAGGAACAGGAAGCCCUGCCUGUAAAGCAACAUGAUCCGAGUAUCGAACAGACCAUGCUCUUAGUGAGUGGCAAUCCUGUUAAGCAGAAAGAGGUGCUGGCGUUUGUCCGGCAGGAGGCGCAAAAGAUGCAUGAUACCCUGUAUCGCGUCAAGGGCGUGCUGGCUGUGCAGGGCAGUGACUACAAGGUGGUUGUCCAAGGCGUGGAUGAUGACCUGGUGGUGACGGAGGACCGCAAAUGGGAUGAUGACGAGCCAAGGGACAGUCGCCUGACCUUUAUCGGCAAAGACAUGAAACAACAUGGAGACCGUCUACAGAAAGAGUUUGAAAGAUUAGUCGUUGAACUAGAAUAA